UUUAAACAUUAUUAUCUACUCUUAACAUAUAACUUAUACACCGCCUAUAAUGCACUUCCACUCUGUUGCUAGUACCUUAUUUGCCCUAGCUAUAGCUGUUAGCGCUACGCCUAUCCCGGAGGCGAAGAACUAUCUAGCAGCCCGCGACGCCCUGGCUGAGCUGCAGCCCCGGAAAUUCAGAGUUUGUGCACCACUGUUUGCCAACUGCGGUAUCACCAGAGGGAAGCUGCCUUGCUGCGCGAACUUAUAUUGCAAAAGUGGAGCCUGUGCAUCACCUCGAAUCCACCCGACCCGAUGGGGUUAUUAAAGCCUAGGAUUACUUUAAAAGAACGUAAGUUGUUAAGCUUUUGUUAAAGAGUGUUAUAUCUAGCUAAUUCUACUAGCAUCGUCCUCUAUCUUGUUGAGAACUCCUGAUAGAGUGUUAUGACCCAACAAGUUACAGGCAAAGCUGCCCCACUAGACAAGCACAACCAGCGGGCGGCAUGGCAUUUGUACAGAACCAAGUGACAGGUCAGACAGAUGACUCCUCAGACAUAGAAGAACUAUAGUGGAAGUCACAUGAAGAUAAUGAAAGUAAUUACACAAUAAGGUGAUCACAUGGCAACAUUCACAUCACGUCAUGUGGCAAAGCUUGCCUUCAUUUAUUUAAUAA